AACGCGAAGACGCACAUCCUGCAGUUCCCUCCUCUGAAGACGGUCUGGGACGACGGCUUCUACGACGACACCGACAUAAAGAACAUGUGCGCGAUAAGCAUCGCCCUGCGCAAGAAGGCGGGGAGUGCGCGCGCGUCAUUCGUCGUGCAGACGCCGUUCGGCACGCCGAUCUGCGUGGAGACGUUCACGCAGGGGACCGGGAGCUGCUUCCCGGUCGGGACGGAUAAGCCGAAGCAGGGGCUUGGGCAGCAGUGUGGGCAGGGACAGGAUUGA